UUUUACAGGUACAUAUACGUGUGCCACGCUCCGGUCGCCAGAACGUGGUGCACAAUGCCACGUGUUCUCAAAUGCGUCGGCUGGAUUUCCCUGCUGGCGACGCUUCACCAGUCGACGCGAUUCGUCGACCGGGUGUACGAACCGGUUACGAUAACCUGGGGAGGACAAACAAACGUAACCGUUUGCAAGCUGAGUUUGGCGGACUGGGUUACAAACUGGGUGACUCCGAACUUUUACUUCACGUUUUACUUUUGCUUCCGAGUCGUCUUCGUUCACGCUGUACCUUGUAUAUCUCUCGUCGUGUUGAAUCUGCUGCUGUUCAGGGCGCUGAGGAAAGCGCAGCACAAGAGGGACAAGUUGUUCAAAGAAAAUAGGAAAAGUGAGUGCAAAAGACUAAGGGACUCAAACUGUACCACUUUAAUGCUCAUUGUAGUCGUCACUGUCUUCCUGCUGACAGAAAUUCCAUUAGCAGUUGUUACAGUACUUCAUAUUAUAUCGAGCAGUAUAACGGAAAUUUUAGACUAUUCUGUGGCCAACGUUCUCGUACUUUUUACAAACUUCUUUAUAAUUCUGAGCUACCCAAUCAAUUUUGCCAUUUACUGCGGCAUGUCCAGGCAGUUUAGAGAAACUUUUAAAGAACUGUUUAUAAGAGGGGCUGUCCAAGUGACGAGACGCAACGGAGGAAGCUCAAAAUACUCCCUCGUAAAUGGUCCGAGGACGUGCACGAAUGAAACCAUUCUGUAAGGACGAAACAAUUGCUACUGGAUAUCAUUGAAAUAACUUUGGACCACAACUGUCAACGGAAACGCUUACCAACGGACGCUUCAGAUGUGUUAGGCCCAGAGUCAAAACUUAGUCUCUUGACAAAAAGUACAAUAAUGUAUAAUAAUUACAAAGUAAAAUCCAUAUAUUUUUUAUUUGAAUGUAGCUGAUGUGAAAUAAUUCUUUUGUCAGUUAAAUUAAAGUGCACUAGCAGUGUCAAAACAACGUAGCAAUCCCUAUAAGCCGAAAAUGUGAUUGAUGACAAUAUUACAUCUCAAAAAUAAAAAAAUAAAAAAUGAAACCUGCGCUCAACUAAUUAAAGAUUAUUUGGUCGGAGAAUGGGUUAAUUUGUUGUGUUUUUGCUCUAUUCUUCAUAACUAUAAAAAUAUACUACUGAUUUGAUGAGUUCUGUAGAUUUUUGUUUGAAGUCGUAUCCUGCAAUAUAAUUAAUAUUUUCCGAAUCAUUUACACCAAAACCUAUUUAAUGUAAAUAACGUUCAUGUUUUAAACGAACCUAAAGUGCAUUCUCCAUAAAAUGUCAAGAUGAAGAAUACAACCGUAUUUGUAGUGAAAUAACUCUUAAUAAAAAACAUAAAUUCAUUUGCUCUUGGUCACAUAGAAUAAAUUAUGUGGUGGCUGCACAAAUUGAGCCCCUUGUACACGCCCAUUCCACACUGACCAAGCAGGAAUGAGUAGCAGAAAAUGUACCCUCUUUGGUUUCUAUAUCUUUACGCACAAUAUAAUAUUGUACUGUACAAAAGAUUUUUCUCUUCUAUAACAACUUUAAAAAAAUAAUAAAACUAGAAAAAGGACAUACAGAAAAAUAAACUUAGCUAUCUUUAUUAUGUGAUGUACGUUAAAUGUGCAAAACCGAUAUGGAAACGACAAGAAAACAAUGUUUUUCUGCAUUGACGAAUGAUUAAGAUGUAUAUGUUUAAGCUGUGGUGAAUGUUAGUUAUAAUAAUCGAAAUGUUGUAAAUAAUAAUUAUAGCUAUGUCGUUGAAAAAG